AUGUCGACUCCUAAGAACAAAGCCGCGUGGCUCCACAAGGCUGGCCAAGAUCUCCAAGUCAACACUGCACCGCUUCCGGAAGCUGGCCAAGGCGAGAUUAUUGUGAAGAAUGUCGCGAUUUCCAUCAAUCCUCUCGAUGUCUACAUGGCAGGAGAGGGCCACUUUGUCCAGAGGUGGCCGGUGGUCUUGGGCUGUGACGUUGCGGGCGAGGUGUAUCAAGUCGGCCCUGGGGUGCAACGGUUCAAGAAAGGGGAUCGCGUGGUUGGACACACAGUGCUCCUGACCCACGGCCGCGAGCAAGAUGGGGCCUAUGCUCUGUACACAGCCGUCCUGGAGAACAAGGCAGCGCUGAUCCCAGAAAAUGUGCCAUUCAAGGACGCCGUUGUUAUUCCCACCGCAUUAGAGUCUGCUGUCUGUGCGCUGAACAUCAAAGAAGCCACCACGAUCAUGCCGGGAGUCCAGAAAGGCGCUCUUGGCCUCCCAUCUGCAUCGCUGGAGGCAAAACCCCGUUCGAUUGGGAAGACGCUAGUCGUGUACGGUGGCAACACGGCCAUCGGCUUCAUGACGACUCAGCUUGCCCGGGCUGCCGGCGUCGAUGUCAUUGCCAUUGGGAGCAAGGAAAGUGCCCAGUUGAGCAAGCAGGCCGGUGCGAGCGAGACAAUCGAUUACAAGGACGCCGACUUCACCGACAAAGUCGUUCAAGCGGUCAAGGCUAAGGGGAACACCUUUGUCGGCAUCUUCGACGCACCGUCCAACGAAGAGACGUACGCCAAUGAUCUCAAAAUUCUGGAGAAGCUCAAUGGCGGACACCUCGUCUGCUCGCAUCCGCCACCAAGCGAAGUGCCCGGAAAUGUGACAACAGGCAUGAUCUUCGCGGUCGAUCCCGCCGCGGAUCCGGUCUGGAAAGACUUUGUUACGCCUGCCUUGGAGAAAGGUGUUAUCCAGUGUCUCCCUAAGCCAAACGUCGUUGGCACAGGUCUGGAGGCAAUCUCCAAGGCACAUGGACAGUACAAGGCUGGCGUGAAGGCGGAGAAACUCGUUGUUGAGCUUUAG